GUUGCCCUGCCCUUCUUUCAAGCGGGGCGGGGCUUGCUACACAACUACUUCCGGGUUGUUGAGCGACCUUGAGCCCUCGUAAGCGACAUGGCGGUUCUCUUAAAGCUGGGAGUCCUCUGCAGUGGCCAAGGAGGCCGAGCUCUGUUGCUCCGAAGCCGGGUGGUCAAACCUGCUUAUGUCUCAGCGUUUCUCCAGGACCAGCCUACCCCAGGAUGGCAUGGCACACAGCACAUUCACCUGUCACCAAGCUACCAUUCUGGUUCCAAGGCUGCAUCUCUCCAUUGGACUAGUGAGAGGGCUGUCAGUGUUUUGCUCUUGGGCCUGCUUCCAGCUGGGUACCUGAAUCCCUGCUCUGUGGUGGACUACUCCCUGGCUGCUGCCCUCACCCUGCACGGUCACUGGGGCCUUGGACAAGUGGUGACUGACUACAUUCAUGGGGAUAUAUCGAAGAAGGCUGUCAAGGCAGGCCUCUUGGCGGUCUCAGCUCUGACCUUUGCUGGGCUUUGCUAUUUCAACUACCACGAUGUGGGCAUCUGCAGAGCAGUUGCCAUGCUGUGGAAGCUCUGACCUCUGCAGUGCAACACCUUGGAUUGUAUGCCACUUUGCCUCUGCUCUGUCUAUGCCGUUCAGCUCCCAGUGAGCAGGGCGUGGAGAAGUCCAUUGGUGUCAGAAUUUCUUCUAAUUACAUGGUUAUUUUGAGAAUUCAUUUGUUGAUGGAAAGGUUUAAGAGGAGUUAGGCUCAACUAGUGCUGAGUCUGGGUUCCAUAUUCCUGAGUAUGGUGGUUGCCUGUGCCAAGACUCACAGUGUGAGUGCACAUUUCAUGAGCUCAUGUUGCCUUUAACUACCAUUUCCUGAGCAGAGCUCCACUUUAUUCCUGCACUACUUGGACUUGGAGGGAGGACUGUUCAGUCAUGAAAUUGUAAAGUAUUCCAUUUGGAACCUCCCACUCUGUUCAGUUGUUUAACACCAGCUAUUGAUGUCUCUGAGACUAGGGAACUUCAAAUCAGGAGAUGCUGAUAUCCCAAAUUAUUGAUUAUUGUUAAGUCUUAGGAAGGAAAGUGAGGAAAACUGAAUUUAGAGAAGUUCACUUUAGGGAGUUGUCCUUUGUAGGUGGGUUAAAAUAUGACAGAUUCUAAACAGGCUUGCUCUUCAAUAAGUGUCAUCUGUGCAGAAAUAAGCUGUCCUCAAAAAAAGGCUGGGUAAUAAAGUGUUUUCCCACUGUGGAGAUGGCUAGUGACAAGUUAUACUCUGAGAAAGCAAAAUUUUUAAAUAAAAUAUUACAUAAUGAAUAUA